GUUGGUUCGGCGUAGGUGUAUUGAGGCAGACCAAGCGCUAGGAAAGUCGCAGACCUGACAAGAAUGCCUCAUGGUCUGAAGCAAGUGGAAAGCGACCUCUUUCGUGUCCUUACCGGGACUUGGUAGGAUAUCCGGUUUUCCUUGGUAGAUUUUAGCAACUAAGCAAGGGCUUGGCGCUGCGGAGUCAACAGAAGAACCCUCACUGACAUCGCUAGUGCAAAGCCUUCCCCGACGGCAAGCUGUAGGCUUUUUCUCUAGACUAGCUGGGCCACACGUCUUUCCCCGUUAAGGCUCUGAAAGGGUCACGUCGCCCAGUCAGUAAGUUUGUAGCCAGUUACCCACACGCAUUAGAAUCCUCGCGGUCAUGGCUGUAUUGACCAGCCAGGCCUACCCAAGUUCCACUGUGGCCACCUUGAAGGCGAAAACAGUUGCGACAUGUUUCCCCGUCUUUAUAGGUAAAACUUCUUCAGUAGGCUUCUCACUCCUAGUUAGAAAGUUGGCCCCCGUUCGACUAGUUUCUUCGCAAGCCCCUAAAAAAGACGACCGAAAAAAGGGGGGCAUGCAUUUGGUCGACUUUUUCAGUCGCUAGGCAUCUAUGGGC